UUGCGGGGCAGAAGAUCAUCGGCAACGAGAUGGCCCUACAAAGGCGACUCGAGCUGGACAGCGAUCUACAGGGGCCACCGACAACCGCGGCGGAGCAGCGUCUACAACGUCGAGCCCUACGGCGCCAAGAGAGAGCGGUGUCGGAAGAUGAGUGGAACGCGUCGCAGCCGGUUGUUGUGAACCUGGCGGGUGGAGAAUCGGUGUCACUCAGAAUGAAUGAAGCGGGCGCUAUUCUUGCUGUGGAAGCGGCCCCUUCCUUUCAGGAUCUACCACAACCGUGCUUGGAAGGCUUGGUGGAUGCACUUCCAGAGCAAAAUGGGUGGGACGUUCUGAAGGGACUACAGCAUCUGAAUCGCCGAACUCGCAAGCGACUAUGGAGCUCAGACAAGUGGAUCGUACACCUUUUUGCUGGAACAAGAGAAAAACGUGAACUAUUUCACCUGGAAGCGCAUGGCUAUACCAUUUUGGAGCUGGAUAUCGAGAGGGGAAAAACCCAUGACAUACUGAGGCCAGCUACGUGGAGGGUGUUAGAAUACGCCGCACGAAAGGGGAAGAUAUCAGCAGUCAUUGGAGGACCACCCCAAGGGUCGUUCAUGAUCUUCCGGUACAACCUCGGUGGCCCACCUCAGCUUCGUACCAACGAGUUCCCGUACGGCAACUGGGACGGCCAGCUAGAGGCAGAUGUUCGGGAAGUCAACAAACAAACGCAGCUCAUUGCCAGGAUGAUUUAUCUGCAUGCAUUGGCCACAGCUGGAAGGCUUGCAAAUCCCAGAGAUCCAACAUAUCCAAGAGAAGUGGGUUUCCUGCUAGAACAUCCUCGGGAUCCCCGGGGCUAUUUGAAGUAUGGAGAUCCUCUAUAUCCGGGAGUGGUGAGCUUGUGGAGAAUGCCAUUGUGGACGGAGUAUGCGUUGGAAGCAGGAGAGGUCACCUACCUUACCGGGCCGAUUGCGCAGUAUGUGUGCAAGCGGGUGGAACAGGCCGUCGUCACGCCCGUCUUGAGCAUCCUGCGGCAUUUGUUUUAUCCUCAGAUCUAUCAGGACGGCCGAGGGACUUGGGUCGACUACGACAAAGGCGAGCUGAGCGAAGAAGACUAUAAGGACGAAGAUGAUGGCCUCGCGUCUGACCCUGCAGACCAAGUUGAAAAGGAAGGCAUAAAACCCAAGGAAUCGGUUCCUGACAAAGGGGAAGCUGAAGAAGAGGACGAUGAGGACACUCACAAGAAGCUAGACCCUGAGGAGGACAUUGAUUUGGCACCGCCGGAGUUGGUCAACUUGAUCUUUGCCACCGGGAUCCGAGAUGAUAAGGCAGCAACAGUUCUGGAAGCAAUACAGGAUGUAGUGCUGUACUGUUACGCGUUGAAUGUUCCGGUUCUACGAUUUCACUCGGAUCGUGGGAUGGAGUUUCAGGCAAGGGCAACAAAGCAAUGGUUGAAGUCCCAGGGUAUUCGCGUGACAACCUCAGAAGCUGGAGUCCAUCAGACAAAUGGGGCGGCAGAGUCUACAGUGCGAUGGAUAAAGCAGAGGGCACGAAAAGACAGCUGGAAGGGCCCAAGCUGGAUGACUUGGCUCCAAAGUGGGUACAUGGUUCAGGAGGAGGAUAGUGGACGUUUUAUCCAUACUCUUCACGUUCGAGCUGGACUACACGAUCCUGGUCCAGUAGAAGCGGAUGUUGAUGCCGAGGAACCAGCGGGACCUAGCAGAAGAGUUCGAGGUAAAUCAGCAGGUUCAGGAGAUGUGGUUACAUUGUCAAAGGCUGCAAUCCUCGAUGAGACAGAGUACAAGAAGCGGGCGGAGCAGUUGAUGAUGACUUGGUCACAGGAGGAGGCCAAGGUGCUAGUCAAGGAGGUUUGUCAACAGCUGCCAGCAUCAGAAACCGUGUAUGGCAUGUUCAGAUAUGGUAGGAAAGCAGGUGUUACUCGAGCCACAUUAGAGAGACCCUGGUUCACUACAGUUCUUUUGAAGUUGCUGAAGGACAAGGUGCCAGACGCAGAGUUCGCAUCUAUUUAUGUGUCCAUCAAUAGCCAGCGAGAAGUCCAUAUCGACCGGAAUAACGCAAUGGGCACGGUUAACUACAUAUUGCCCCUGAUCAUGCCACGUCGCGGAGGUGAAAUAUGGCAAGAACUUCGAGAUGGAGAUGUUGUAUCAGGUCGAGUAACUGAACUUACCUCGCAGGACGGAAAGGCAAGAUAUGGGUGCGCUUAUCCACUGCAAGCUGGGGAGAUCUUCUGUUUGAAUCCACAUCGAAGACAUGCCGUGCUACCUUCUUCUGGGGAUCGUUUGGUGCUGGUGGGUUAUACUCCAGGAAUGCUUCAGAAUUUACAGUGCACGGACAGAGCAUUGUUGUGGAACCUGGGAUUCCCUAUGCCACUACGCGACGAAGAGGAAGGUGGUGAUGUGAGGAUCAACAUGCUGAAUGUGCGAGAUCUCCAGGGCAGGUCCGAGGACAAAGGCAUCAUUGAGGAGGACGAUGGGAACGUACAAGACCCUGUUGGACGGGAUGCAGCAAUGGAAGCAGUAUCUACUAUCAGCAGCGCGGCGAGUGAAAGCAGAUCAGGGAUACCCAGUGAAGAGUGGUUACGAUGGGAGCUUUACUUGAACUUGGAGAAUGUCGACUCUGGAGCUGCUCUAGUGGGUACAGACUCCUGGGAUGAAGUGGUGCUACGCAAUGCAGAGGUGGGCUUUACAGAGAAUGUGGAAGAGCUCUUAAAUGGCUUAGAUAGCCCGUUAAGCAUCGUGCACACGGUGAAUCCCAAGGAGGUCGUGCAGUAUUUUGGUGAGUGGAUACCGUCCCUGAACAAAGAGAUUGCCUCGUUGGAGCAUGCGGUUGAAAAGGUCCAUAGCAGUGAUCAACGGGUCCGCAAAGACAUCGAAACUGGUCAGGGCCAAGUUAUUCCUAUGAAGGUGGUUUUCACGGUCAAGCCGCCAGACAUGCCAGCCGACGGCAGUGCUCCAGAGAGGUGGUACAAGAGAAAAUCGAGAAUUGUGAUAUGCGGAAAUCUAGCAUCGCACCAACCUGGUGAAGUCUACACGAACACGGCUCCGGCCGAAGUGGUUCGAGCUGCAAUCGCAAUUGCCCGCAUGUUCAAUUGGGAUUUAGGCAUGAUAGACGUUGUGGCCGCUUUUUUACAGACGCCUCUGAAGGGGUUGAAAGGCGCACCUCUCGUGUACGGCAUCCCUCCUAAACUCUUGGUGAAGGCGGGACUAUGCAAACCUGGGGAAUUGUGGAAACUAACUCAUGCAGUAUAUGGACUACAGGAGUCACCGAAGCUAUGGGGCAUGUACAGAGAUAUUCGAUUGGCCCAAAUCCAGCUGGUCUUUGAGGGCAAGAAAGUAGUCCUCAUGCAAGGAAGGGUAGAACCUUCGUGGUUGUCGAUUUUCCAGGAGGGCUCUCAGUUGAUUGGAAUACUGGUGGUAUAUGUUGAUGACAUCCUGCUGUGCGGAAGACCUGAACUGAUCAAGGAGAUUGCGGUCGCCAUCAGAAAAGUGUGGAAGACGAGCGAGUUGCAAUUGGUGUCUGAAGGAGCAAUAAGAUUCCUGGGCAUCGAGAUCUCUAUGUGCACACAAGGCUUUGCUUUGACACAAAAGUCGUAUACCUGCAUCCUCUUCGCCUUGCUUAAUUUAUGCUCGCUUGUAGAAAAGCUAAAAUGUGUAUAUGUGUGCGGUUGUGGCUUGAGUGGGCGGUUCUGUGUUUCCCUGCAUGUAAGUGGGCUGAAUUGCUUCGAAUUGGGCUGA